GUGUUCUUCUUCUUCCUCCUCCCCCUCUUACGCACACUCACAUCUGGCAAGCUUGAAACGGCUGGAGGGAAAUGACCAAGCGCAUUCAUCCUUCUUUGGGCUUGCCAGGCGAUGUGGUGUCAUAUACGCCAAAUGAUGUGAUUCAAACGCCAGAAGAAAAAGAAGUUGCCAAGGAGCCUAUCAAAGUUCAAGUUCCAACGGCGGAAAUCGUUAAUAUUUUCGCUCAUCGUCAAUGGCGUGCGGGUAUGCUGUUGGCAGAUCUAAUUUGGAGUCAAUGUAUACCGUUACAAGAUGAAAUUGUAGGGGAAUUUGGUGCGGGAACUGGUUUGCCAAGUAUCGCUUCUGCUAAAUUUGGCAAAGCACGUUUUACUCUGAGCACGGAUUACGAUUCGCCUUCUCUCAUAUCCAUAUUGACAAAGAAUGUCAAAGACAACGUCAGUACAGAUCAAUGGCAGUCAAGAAUUCGGGUCAUUGGUCAUACAUGGGGCAAAUCAAUUGGAGACGUUGAAGAUGCAUUUCCUUACUCUCUAAAGGCCGACAAAUUUGACGUUUUGCUUUUAGCCGAUUGCAUUUGGGAUGAUUUAUCGCAUAAUUGGUUGAUAAAAUCAAUCGUUCAUCUUCUUGCCAAGAACCAAGAUUCUCGAGUUUACAUGGUUUCCGGCUUACACACCGGCAGGGAAAAGAUUAUCGCCUUUAUUCGUCGGAUGCAUAAAGCUGGCUUGAAACUUACUCAAUUCCCGCAAACAUCAAGAAUGGAACAAUCACUGUGGCCUGCAUUGGAGGAAGAUGAAUCGAUAAAGCAGAAGCAAGAGUUGGACAGGUUACGCAAUGACGAAGCUAUUUGUGAUUCGCCCGAGCUGGUUAUGGAAUGUGAGUUGGCCUGGCAUGAAGAGGAAGAGAAUUUCCCGACUGCCAUUGAAACAGAAUCUGGCGCUCAACAGAGGCAAUGGCACUCUAGCCAGGCACGGCUGUCAGGACAGAGAAGGUCAUUUGUAGAAUUGGAACGACCAGAAGAACGCAAAGAGGCAGCAGGUGUUCAUCUUCGAAAUAGGUGGAUCACAUUUAUGGCUUUUAGCUGGCAAUAGACGCAUGUAGAUAAUAGAGUUUUAUCAAUCACAAUAUACCCAUUUUAACAUCAUA